UCAGUCAUGUGAUCAGCUGUGUCCAAUCACAGCUGAUCACAUGUACUGUAAAUAGAGAAAUGCCAGGCACUGAUGAUCAGUGUAGCCCCAGCAGUGCCAGCUGUCAUUGCCCAUCAAUGCCAGCUGUCAUUGCCCAUCAAUGCCACCUGCCAGUGUCCAUCAAUGCCUCAUCAAUGCCACAUAUCAGUGCCUACCAGUGCACAUCAAUGCCACAUAUCAGUGCCCGUAUGAGCUGCCUUUCAGUGCCACCUAUCAGUGCCACCUAUCAGUGCCAUAAAUGAGUGCUGCUUUUCAGUGCCCAUAGUGAUGCCU